AGUCAACGACACAGCCGUCAAAUCUAAUGGAAACGGCUCAGCGCCACAUUCCCCAUCUCCUCCAACCGACCAAUCAUCGCCGGCCACAGAACCGCCCUAAGAAUGUCCUUACCACCGCCGGCCCAUCCAUGGCGAGAGUAGGCGGGGGCCUGGCCCUGAAAGGGCGAUCCCUCGCAAGCGUGAGCUCAAUCAUCGCCCGCCGUCGAAUUCAAGAUCCAAACAUACCCUUCUGCGCCACGGGCAGUCGAUCGGCCGAUCCGAAUGUUGAGGAAGCCGGGAACAAGGGUGACGGUGGCGCGGAAGAUGCCGCGACGGCGGACGCGGUGACUCUUCCUCCGCCGCCGGAGAGGCCGCUGCCGGGGGACUGCUGCGGCAGCGGGUGCGUGAGGUGCGUGUGGGACGUGUACCACGAGGAGCUUCAGGCUUAUGAGACUCUCCUUGACAAAGUCAAGCCCAAGGAUUAGGUAUCGACUAAUCGAGUGUCGACAUUCGACCCGCCCCGCCCCGCCCCGGCCUGGAUAAUCCAUCUGGGGCCUAUUGAUGGUUGUAGCAAGCAGAUGUUCGGGUGCGCAAUGGGCAUGUAUCCCGUGAUUGCCCAGCCUUGAAAGAUUGGAUUCACUAUGGAUAUAUCCGCACCUUCCGAAGAGACCAAUUUCCGGGUUCUGCGAGGUUCGAUUCUUGUGGGAAAGGAGCGUAUUCGGAAUUCGGAAUUUCUUUUCUUAGUUUAGUAUGUGCUUCAUAUUUUUUCCACGGCUGUCCCCGGGGCAGAUGAUCAUCAUAAUUCAAUGGCAUUGCCUUUCCUUUCUUUCUUUCUUUCUUUUUUUUUGCCUAAUUUAUUUGGACAAUUCCAUGCCCGUUGCAUA